GCAAGACGCCGGGAAGCGCCCCCAAAGGCGUCGCGGGGGGACCUCCGAAGGCCCCGGAAGACUUCUCUCAAAACUGGAAGGCGCUGCAGGAGGUGCGGAGGCAGGCCCAGGCAGGCUGAUAAAUCAUCCAGGAUUGCUGCUGGGAACUGGGACUUAAACCCAGGCGCUGUGACCCCGGAGUCCAGGCCCUUAACUCCGUGUUGUGCCUCCUGCCUUUCUUGACCUGGUGACUAGCUGAACCUGCGGAGGUCGCGCCCUGCUUCACUCACACGCUCCUGGCAUCCUGCAGGGUAGCUGCUGUUACAGUCCCUGUGCCCGAGCUGAGGAAAUUGAGGCACAGAGAGGGGGAACCUAGGGAACUUGGCUUAAGGUCACACAGCGAGUGCUGAAACAAAAAUCACAAGUCCCGGAAAGGCCUCUUGUCUCUCAGACGGAUCCCAAAAAGAAAGAGAAAUCACAGGUCCCGGAAAGGCCUCUUGUCUCUCAGAUGGAUCCCAAAAAGCAGCCCAAAAUUAUCCAGCAGAACAAAAAAGAGAUCUUGGAAAAAUCAAAGAAAGAUGAGACACGAAGAGAAAAAGACCAGGAGACUGCUGGGAGCUCUUCUCCUUCUCUAUCUAAGAGGGGCAAGAAGGUGGCGGUACCUCCCACAAAGGCCACCGGAACAGAGUAUAAGAAAGGAGCCAAAAAAAGGACAAAUGGUGACAUUUCUUCCAAACCAGGGGACAUCAAGCACAAGAAGCGGAAGGCCGAGAAGGCAGCUGUGGCCUCCGCCCCAGCCCCGCCCACUGAGGAGGACAUCUGGUUUGAUGAUGUGGACCCAGCCGACAUUGAGGCUGCCAUUGGACCCGAAGCAGCCAGGAUAGCAAGGAGGCAGCUCGGGCAGAACGAGAGCGGCAUCACCCUGGAGAAGGAGCAGGCCUUCAACGGCCUGACGAAAGCCUUGGCCUUGGACUGCGAGAUGGUGGGCGUGGGCCCCAGCGGGGAGGAGAGCAUCGCCGCCCGCGUGUCCCUCGUGAACCAGUAUGGGAAGUGCGUGUACGACAAGUUCGUCAAGCCGACGGAGCCCGUGACGGACUACAGGACGGCAGUCAGUGGGGUGCGGCCUGAGCACCUCAAGCGGGGAGAGGAGCUCGAAGUUGUGCGGAGCGAAGUGGCGGCGAUGCUGAAGGGCAGGAUCCUGGUGGGGCACGCGCUGCACAACGACUUGAAGGUGCUGUUUCUUGAUCAUCCCAGAAAGAAGAUCCGGGACACACAGAAAUACAAACCUUUCAAGCAGCAAGUAAAGAGUGGAAGGCCAUCUCUGAAGCUGCUCUCCGAGAAAAUCCUGGGUAUCAGAGUCCAGAAGGCAGAGCAUUGUUCGAUCCAGGAUGCUCAGGCAGCAAUGAGGCUCUACAUCAUGGUGAAGAGGGACUGGGAGAGCAUGGCCCGGGACAGGCGCCCCCCGGCCAGCGCCCAGGACCGCCGCAGUGAGGACGCCUAGCUCCCGCCCUUCGGCCUGUGGUGGCACCUCGACCCUUCCAGCAUGGGACCAGAUCGUGGGACCAGUUGUGUCUCCCGAAAGCAGCAAGUCUGGCAAGCCACUUUCAAGGCCAUGGUGCAGGCCUGGUGCCUGGCCCUCGUUGGCCAGGGCAUGGGUAUGCAGGAGAAGCAGCGAGGUGUGUAUCCGAGGCACAGCGGGGUGCACAGGCCCGAGGUCUGGGCUGCUGACAGAGGGAAGCAGGACACCUGGCUGCCACUGCAGCUCUGAUGGGCUGUGGACAGGUCUGCCUGGUGCUCGAGUGACUUCCUCUGAAACCAAUCUGCCCUCUCAUCCAGAGUAAGGGGACAGGCUGUGCCAAACCGGAGGGACCCAGACCAGGUGCCCACAGCAGCCACUGAUGCGUAGGCAGCUGGCAUAGCAGCUGCCUAACUGGGGACCUUCCUGUGGCUGUGGGGCCCUGGAGAGGGACUUCAUGGGGGUGGGGUCUCCUCGCCACAGGCUGGCACCCAGCGGAGACGUACCUACCACGCAGACGCAGACUCAGGCUGUAUCGCCAAUGCCUCUCCUGGUCUGGAAAGGCCAUGGGCUGUAGCAGGCCAGCCUGCCAAGUGCUAGCGGGGCCCAGGUCCCAGGAUGGGCUGGGGUGACCAUCACACGGAUGGUGAAUAAAGCCCAAGCGGAGCCACCCGCCUGCUGUGUGGAAACCCCCAGGCCAUUGCUGAUAAACAGUGGCCUACCCAGGGUGCAAAAGGCCCUGGGUCCAAUCCUCAGCACACAAAUAAACUUAGCACUGUGGA